AUGUCAGCUGGAAACAAAGAAACCACUCCUCAAGAAAUCGUGAAUCAGAUUCGAGAAUUGGAGAAAAAGGGGAUCAUCAAACUUGAUAGUGACGCGAAAGUAACGGUUGACAAGAUUGAAAAUGGAUCCAUUCCCCCGUCUGAUCCAAGGGUGAAAGGCAUUGGGAAGCUGUUAUGGGGAUUACCAGUCUUGGGUCCUGGAGAUACCAAGAUGAACGCUGAGAGAGCUCUUGCCGAAUACCUGAAAAGCAUCAAAAAUCCCUAG